CGGCAUCAUGGUGACAGACGGGGAUGGCAACGAGCUCGGGCACUCCAGGAGGGCGGCAGCGAAGGGCAUCGUGCAGGUCAUCAUCUCUAGGAUCACCAUGGCAGCGCCGGGCAUGAUUAUUCUGCCAAUCAUCAUGGAGCGGCUGGGGAAAUUCCCCUUCAUGAAGAGGAUCCGGGUUCUCCAUGGGCCUUUGCAAGUGCUGCUGUCUGGGGGCUUCCUCCUGUUCAUGGUGCCGGCAGCCUGUGCCCUGUUUCCGCAGAGAUGCUCCCUCGCACUGGCUGACCUCGAGCCGGAGCUGCGUGCCAGCAUCGUGGCCAAGCACGGCGACAAAGUGCCGUACGUCUAUUUUAACAAGGGAUUGUGAACGGAGACUACCCUGGGAGCCAUCGCACCCCUCCAGCCCCCACCACUGCCAGCCCUGUGGGCCCCGUGCAGGGCGCAGUGGCCCGGUCCAGCUGGAUUGGGUCGAGGCCCGGCCUUGGGGUCAGCACCGUCUCUGCUCCCUCCCCUGGAGAGACCCUGUCCCGGGAAGGGGCGCUCCAGGCAGUGCAGGGUGCUGUGCCUGGCUUCGACCAACCCCCCUCUCAUUGCGGGGCCUCUCCAUCCUCCGCGUACGUCCAGGAGGGUCUCCGGCCUCCGUCACCCCUGGAAGAGGCAGGACCGUGGCUCUGCAUGCCCAGGUCGUGGCUGGCGCGUUGACUUGUCCUAAGCUUCCUUCCAUGUGAUGCUGGCCCUUUCCCUGCAUCCCUGCGUCCCGCUCAGCCCGGGCGACCGCUGCCCUCCCGUGCCUCCCUCCUGGCCCUGCCACCUUGUGCAGGAGGGGUCUGCCCAGCCUGUUUGAGCCUCGCGCGGGUCGCAGGUGCCAGGCCCUCUCCUCCUGUGCUCAGAGCACAGUCCUACCUCCGAACGCAGGCGUCACUCCGUCACCUGCCUCCGGUACCAGGAACCAAACCACGAUGCUGCCUCAAAUCACUACAGUGGCCUUUCUCCAAGAGCUGCAUUCCCACUUGGCAGGAAGGAAGGGACCUGUCCCCUCUGCAGAGGGAGCACACCAAUGUCCUCGGACCAAUGCUUGGACCAUUUCUCCCUUGCUAUCACGUUCAGAUUUCAUUCACUUUGCAAUUUCCACAAUCAAGGAGAGAAAUACCUGAUUGUUUUUAAGCUCUGAUUUUUGUAAUCUAGCCUUUCCUCUGAGCACCAGAGCCAGCCAUCACCCCUGCUGUCCUGUGUCUCACUGUCCCCAGGGUGGCACCAAGGACCUGCAGCCUUGGGAGACAGUCAACUCUGGGCCCCCCUGCAAGGGGGGAAGGAGACACCAGGGAAGUCACAAAGCAGUCAGGGUGUUAACUCAGGCUCUGAACAGGCAACUCUGCAAACGCUAGAGGGGAGGGAUGAAAAAUAAAAUGCAAUGUUUUUUAAAAUCA